AGUCCCGCACUCUUGACCCCAACUCCCACUCAUGAACGCAAAUCCACUAUUAUCGAAGGCUGGAAAAGCCUUGUUCGAGAAACAUCUCGAGCAGUAUACCCCUGCUGACCCCAUGUACGAGGAGUACACCGACGACCGCGGCAAGAAACGCAGAAGACGACGAGAUAUCCCUCCCGGACUAACAAAGCGCGAUGCUGCCAUCCUCAAAUCCGUCCAGCGUCGUGCCCACUACCUCGACAAAGGAUUCUCUAUCUGCGGGAUGCGCUUCGGUUGGACCUUCAUCCUCGGUCUCAUUCCUGGCGCCGGAGACAUCGCCGACGCACUCCUCAACUACCUCCUCGUCCUCCGCAAAGCUCGCAAGGCCGAGCUCCCGAUGUGGCUCGUCCGCAAGAUGCUCGCGAACAACGCCGCGAGCGCACUGAUGGGUUUCAUCCCAUUCGCGGGCGACGUCGCCCUCGCCGCCUUCAAGGCGAACUCCCGCAACGCUGCGCUGCUGGAAGAGUUCCUGCGCGUUCGAGGCGAAGAGUUCUUGAAGAUGGAGGCGGACAAGCAGGGCAGGGCAAAGGGCAAGGACCUGAUCGCUCCGGUCUCAGAUCUGAAGCAGAUUCAGCCUGGGGCCGGACUCGCUCCAGGAGAAGUUGUUCCCGGCCAAAAGGCGCCCGGCCGUGGCUUGACCAAGUUGUUCGGCACACGAACGCGAGCUGACAAGGGAAAGCAACGCACAGCAUGAUUAGCAGUAUGAUUUCUCACCUUUCGCUCGCUUCCUUCAUGAUCAUUACGAACUCUGUUAGUUGUACCUGUGCAUCCUAUAUCCUAAUUCACGAAUGGAACCUUUUGGACAUUUCGCUCUCUUCUUA